AUGGCCAUACGUAUCGUGCUGCUGCCCACCAUCGGGUUGAGGAAAGUUAUGUAUUUGCAAAAAGUGUCGCACUGCCAACUCACCGCUGCGAAACCCAAAUAUCUGCUCGAUAUCGUGGAUUCAUACUCCGUGGUCGGUGGUGCAGCACCCUCACAGCCGUCACAAGAUGAAGCCCCACUCAGUCACCGUGCAGGUGAAUUUCAAGCUGGUCUGUGA